UUAUCUUUUUCCCCAAAACCCAAAUUAAACCUUUUUUUUUUUCUCUCUUUUCCCCUUUCCCAACAGAAUUUUUUUUUAACAGUAAACAAUGGUCAACAGCAACGAUGUCAAGAUCGCCGUUAUUGGUGGUUCCGGUCUCUAUAACCUCGAAGGUCUUGAAGUGAUUGAGGAAGUCAACCCCGAAACCCCUUGGGGAUUUGCCAGUGACAAAAUCGUUAUCUCCAGACUUCCUAGCGGUAACAAGAUUGCUUUCUUGGCUCGUCAUGGUCGUGGACAUUAUUUAACCCCCACCGAAGUCCCUGUCCGUGCCAACAUUGCCGCUCUCAAGUCUCUCGGUGUUGAGGUCAUCAUUGCCUUCUCUGCCGUCGGUUCUCUUCGUGAAGAAAUUCCCCCCUGUGAUUUUGUCUUGCCCGAUCAAUUGAUUGAUCGUACUCGUGGUCUCCGUGCCUCCACUUUCUUUGGUGAAGGUUUGGUUGCUCACUGUGGUUUUGCCGAGCCUUUCCAUGCCGGUCUUGCCGCCUUGAUCGCCAAGCACGAAAGUGUCCUUGAGUUUGGCGCUAAAUUGCACUCUAAGAAGACAGCCGUCUGUAUGGAAGGUCCUGCUUUCUCUACUCGUGCUGAAUCUCACAUGUACCGCUCUUGGGGUGGUGAUGUGAUCAACAUGUCUGCUUUGCCCGAAUCCAAGUUGGCUCGUGAAGCUGAGAUCGCUUAUCAAAUGAUUUGUAUGUCCACCGAUUACGAUUGUUGGAGAGUGGAUGAAGAGGCUGUCACUGUCGAGACCGUCAUGAAGAACAUGGGUAACAACGGUAAGAACGCAAAGACUUUGUUACACGCUCUUUUACCCGAUCUUGAACAAGCUGUUCUUGAGGAUACCCUCGAACCCAGAAUUAAGGGUUCCAUGAAGUUCUCUGGCAUGACUGCCAAGGAGAAGAGAAACCCUGAAACCGUUGCUAAAUUAGAAUAUAUCUUGCCUGGUUACUAUUAGACAAUAAAAAUAGAAAUAGAGACACACGCUUUCAACUAACAGACUCUUGGAUGGAGAUUCAAUGGGAGUUGACAUUCUCCAAAUAUCAGAUGGUGUCUUGGGAGCAUACGAAGGUGCCCAAGGAGAUAAUUGCUGAAUUGGUUUAUUCAUGCGAUCUUUACAUUUCUGCUGAUAAUGCUGCUGA